AGCGAUUCGGUGACGGAAUAUUUGACUUCGACUUUGGUUGGGCGGACCAAGGUUCAACGCCAGUUCGACUCGGUUGCAUGUCUCGGAUGCACAUCUUCACCCUGUUCGUUUCCCUGCCGGUGGAAAGUAUCGAGAUGAUGCCAGCGACUUCCACUAUCAGAUAUUUGAACCAGUCUGAGUCCUUUGGGGACAACAGUCAACUUCAAAUAGUUUUUACACGACAGGUCGCCAUUCGAUCAAACGAAAGCGGGACGACCUUACGUGGCGAAGAAUAAUGGCCUUGGCACACAAGAUUGACGCGCCGAUAUGUGUAGAACUGAUCGUGUUCUUCUGGUGGGAUGCACUGUGUUUGACCUCCUCCUUCCACUCGCCUUCUGCAAACCCUAGCAGUCCAUACUCAUCUCACCGUUGCCCCUUCCUGAACCUCCAUGCUGUUCUCCCAUACACGACGUGUCUCACUGACAUUGUGCAGUGGGCUGACACGCUUGGGGUGAAAACAUCGUUCAACUAGGGACGGCCACACGUCGUAUUCAUGCUCGCUGAAUACCUCUGCUGCUCAUAGUAGCAGUAAUAUACCAUGUCACAUGUGAACACCAGCGGAAAUGCAAAAUCAACUUCACGAUUGCAUAUUUGAGUGGCUGGCCAGAAGAAACGCCAUGAUUAGUGUUCCCGCCGAAGAGCUGACUGUCGUUGGUCGUACACAGAAAGUCACAAGUAC